AGAGGAGACAGAAAUUAUUACAGAAAACUCAAACGCGGUCUAAAGGAUGAGUUCCUGCGGAUCGGCUUAACGACUGCCACACAAAGCUUUUGGCCCAAAGAACUGCGCAAAUACAACGCUCGGGACAAAGCGCACAAUAUAAUAGGCAUAUGGCCCGGCACUAAACGGGGCACUACUGCCGAUCAGAUCAUUAUAGUGGGCGCCCAUUACGAUACGGUCCGAUCGUCGCCCGGUGUCGAUGACAACGGAUCCGGUUCUGCGGCUGUGCUCGAGAUCGCAAAACUUGUCGCACAAAAUAAUUGCAAAUUAGAUAAAACUCUUAUAUUUGUUCUCUUCGAUAUGGAGGAAGAUGGUUUGAAAGGAAGCAAAUAUUUUGUCAAAGACUAUCUGAUUCCCAUUGAAGUGAUGGAAAACGGGGCAAAAGUGACGGCAGCCAUCAUUAUGGACAUGAUCUUAGAGCACGACUCCACCAGAAACAGCCAAUCGUUGGGAAUAAUUGCAAAUGUUUUGCCCGAAUGGUCGACAAAAGUAAAGCAAAACGGCUAUCGGGGAGACUUCGCGGCCGUUUGGGCCCGAAAAGGGAUCGACACUAAACUGUACGACCGAUUGGACAAGAAUUGGGUGAACAAAGAGAAGUACGGC